AUGCCUGGGGAGCAGUCCCUCGGAGCGCCAGUCCCCACCACAACUGGAUGUCUGCAGAUCCGCCUGGCCUCCCAUGACUCAGGGCGCCCCUCCCGGCCCCCCAUCGAGGACAGCACUCGGGCCUGCAGGACCACCAAGGACACGAGGGAGGUGGGCAGUGGGGCCCGGGCCUCAGAGCCCCCGAAGGAUCCACCAGAACAGGCUAGUGAGGUGUGCCCCAGAGCCCUCAGCAAUUCAUGGUCUUCUGGAAAGGCCCCCAGGGGCUCCCUUGGGAAGGGACCCGUGCAGGCACGAGCUCGGAGACCAGGCAGGGGACAGGGUAGUGUCCAGCAACUCUACAGACUGAGCAUUGCCAGCACAAAGGACAAGCGGGCCCCUGAUAAGGCCCCCCAGGGCUCAGGAGCCUCCCUCACGCCCAGCCUCCCGGGGCCCGAGGCCCAGCCUGUGGCUGACCAGCUCUUCCAAAGGUGCUUCCCAGAGACCCCCACUCGCUUUACCUCUACUGACUAUACCUCGCCCAGUCCCACCCCUCAGACCCCGGCCCUGCAGCGUCCCAAGACCCAAGGACCCAGCCCCAGCAGACCCGCCUCCUACAUAGAAUUCCCGGCAGGCAGGGCUGCCUCCUGGCCCCCCAACACCAACAACUUCCCAGCUGCUAAUUUCAGGGUUCCCCCCACCGAGCCAGAGUCCUUUCCUGAAGGCGAUGGGCCCAGCCCCAGCUCACGGGCAGUCACUUUUCAGUACCCCUUUCCUGUGGACACAGCCCAGCGGGAGUUCACGAGCAAUGAGGCCGUGGCAUUAGCUUUACGCCUGUCGGCAGACAUGUGGCCAGAACAGCCAGCAGGCACCAGCUCAGCCUACGCGCUGUCCGCCCAGCCCCCAGCCCCACUGCUGCCCUGUUAUAGGAGACCAACCGGUAGCCUCAAGGUGCCUCAUAACCUCGGUGGGUCACUCUCCCCGCCUGGUGCCACUCACCCGGCCCCUGGCCCCUUCCCAGCCAGCCUUCACCAGAGCCUGUGCCCGGCCCUGCCUGAACGGCCUCCAUCAGCACACGAGAGGGCAGGGAGCCCAAGAGGACCCCCAAACCCUCCGCCCAUGAGGCACUUUCUGAGCAAAGCCUUUCUCAACAGCCCAGGGGACAGUGCCGUGGGCAGUAGCUCGGGGCCUCUGGACAAGGAGCUGGUCGCCCCGAGCUGCACGCCUGGCCCUCAGCCCCAGCUGUGGGAGGGGGCCAGUGAGGCCCUGCCCCUGGUGGAUCCCACCGUGGGCGCCUACCCCACUGCACCUCCAGCACCCCCAGUAGCCAGGGGGGCCUUCUUUGAAGGCCAGAGACUCUGUCUCCCACACAGCCCCACACUACCCUGGCCCCCUAGGCCCGCACCCACUGGGCCUGGCCCCACCCCCAUGGAGCUGCUCAACCGACUGCCGUACCCCAUCAGCUCCCCUGAGUGGCCAGGCAGUGGCCACACACCAGGGCCAGUGGAGAAGCUGACCAUGCCGCAGAAUGGCCAGGGAACACCCAGCAGCCCCCCUGGACUGUUCCCAUAUGGUGGCCUGCAGGACGCUGGUACCCAGCCCCUGUUUUUCGGAGUGACCCCCCACCAGGCAUCGCCCCUCGGGACACCCGGCCUGCCCCCAUCCAGAGGGGUCGGCGUCUCCCCGAGUGAGUCCCCACUCCCCUCGCCUGCCACCACUGCGGCCGGCAGUGGCUCCUGCUCGUCCUUGUCUCCGCUGUCCAGCAGCCCAGCCAACCCUAGUUCAGAGGAGGGACAGCUGCCCGGGCUGCCGGGAUCCGCAGCCUUCUUCCAGCCCUCCUGCCCCCAGGAGGCCAGCGGCGCUUUCCCACCGGCCGAGCCUCCGCCGGCCAUCCGUGUCCACUACCAACCUGAGCCACCCAAGGCCUUCUCGUUCCCUGCGGACACACUGGGGACCAGUGGGGCCUUCGAGUGCCCGGCGCUGGGCACCUUCCCCCAGGAGCCACCUCCGUACUCGGCUCACCACUUCCCUCUGAGCAGCGCCAGCCUGGACCAGCUGGAUGUGCUACUGACCUGCCGACAGUGUGACCGCAACUACAGCAGCCUGGCCUCCUUCCUCCAGCACCGACAGUUCUGCAGCCUGCUACCCCGGGCCCCUGAGGGCCUCCCGCGCCCUCCGACCCCCAGGGUGCCGGCUGAAGCACACCCCCCGAGCUCGCUGGGCCCCACCAAGCUGGCUGGCUUCUUGCUGGACGGAGACGUCCUCCACAGCCUGGCCUCCGCCCCCUUGCCGCUCCCAGCCUCCGACCUGGACCUGGAGGACGUGGCCAAGCUGGACAGCCUCAUUACUGAGGCACUCAAUGGCCUGCAGGACCCCUCGGACACCCCCGAAAUUGACAGCAGCUUCAUCGAUGUCUUUGCUGAUGAAGACCCCCUGGGUCCCAGGGGCCCUGGAACCGGACCGCUCCCUAAACCCCGGGCACGGGUGACACCAGAACCCAGCGUUCAGGCCCUGCUGCCAGACCGGGACCCCGCGCCACAGCCUAGAGCCCCCAGCCCUGGAGCUGCCGAGGGUUGCCCGCCAUGCAGCACACCUGGCACCUGCUCCCGAGGUCCAGGGGUCCCCCGGGCAGAUGAGGGUGGCGGCCCCACUGGACGGCCCAGGAGAGGCAAAAGGCUCCAGGUGUUCCAGGAAGGGCUGAUCACAGCCCAGGGCCCCAGGGCCAGCUCCAAAACGGCUUGCCUAAGGCCUCGCAGGAAAGGUAGCCACGUGGAACAGCCCCUGCCCCAAGUCAGAGAGCUGAGGGGCCACGCAGACAGUGGUGGACAGGCCCCCAUCACGAGCCCCCCACCUAUGCAGACCCGGAGCUCACAGCGGCCAUCCCGCAGCAGACAUGCCCGGAGGAGGGCACGGGGUGGCCGCUGGAGCAAGGAGCUCAUCCACAAGAUUGUGCAACAGAAGAAUGACCAGCACCAGAGGGCCAGCCGGGGACGAGGGGCACGAGGCUGCCUGCUGGCCGCAAGGCUCCCACCCAGUCCCCGGGCCGACAGCUGCGGGUCCGCCUCUGCAGAGGACAAGGGCGCUGUGGCCCCGCCUGGCCGCCGGCAGCAGGCCACCAGAGGCCGGCCCCACCUCAGCAGCCGGGGCCAGAAAAGGAAAGUGGCUGGAGGGACCCCAGGCCCCAGAGAGGAGCGAGGCCAGCAGAUGCCCAAAAGGCUCGUGAGGCAAGACCCUGGAAUGGAAGGGGUCUCCUUGACUGAGACAGAGGGGUUUUCCAGGGGUGCAGGCACAGAGGCCCCUGAGGAAGAUCAGCCACCGCCACACUGCUCUCCAGAAACUAAGCUAGGUGCUGGCACUCCAGAGGUGCCCCCUGCCCCCACCACACCUCACCAAGAAGUCCUCGGUGACCCCUCAGCUGCAGAACAGCCCCAGCCUGGCCUAGAAGACUGCCGCCCAUCACAGCCACCAUCACAAGCCCAUCACAAACCACGCCUUACCGACUCUCCAUCGGCAGGUACAGAUAACAGGCCCCUCUUUGCUCCUGACCAAGCAGCACCCUCCAAGCCCCGGCCCGGAAAACUACCAGUGCUCAGUGCCACUGCUGGGCAUGCUACGCACCCCGCACCAGCCGCCCUGCUCCUCGAGAACCCUGGCCUUGUCUUGGAACCUCCUGAUUGUCAUGGAGCCCUUCUGGGGGUCCCCGCUUCCCAGAAAGGGCCCCAGCCUUGCAGAAGUGUCCCUACUGGCUUACUCCUCAGGCACAAAGAGCUGGGCAGUGAGGACCCAGCCCCCAGGCCCCGAGCUCCGAACGGGCCAGGCAGCCACGUGGGCCUGAGGCUAGAACCUCACAGAAACGUGCCCUGCCCUGCUGAGCGGGGACUCAGCAGCCCACAGCCCCUGCUGACCUUGGAGUCCACCUUGCUCUUCGGCAGGCCGCCUGAGGACAGGUUCGACCCUACGGUCUACGACAGCCUGCUGGAACACCGGGAUGACCAGACGCCUCUCACGUGUGCUGGCCCGUCCCCACCGAGGCCCCUGCUGGAGAACUGGCCUCUGCUGGAGGACGAGGCUGCUGGGCUGCCCAGCCAUGUGGUUCAUUUCUCCAGGUUCCCUCAGGAAAAGCCAUGUGGCCAGCGGUGUCCCAGCAAGGAGCCGGCAGUGCCCACUCCACCCCUACCCCCAGGGAACAGCCACAGGUGCACAGAGGAGGAGCUGGAGAUCCAAAGGCUGGUGACUGAGCUGAAGAGUCAGCUGCGGACGAGCACGGCGAGGCGCCCGGUGAGGCGCCCGGCUCCUGACCCGCUGGACACAGGGCCCACGGGAGCCACAUGCCCACAGAAGGACGCACACCAGGUCCCCAUGCCGCUGGACACAGGGCCCACGGGAGCCACAUGUCCACAGAGGGACACACACGAGGUCCCCACGCCGCUGGACACAGGGCCCACGGGAGCCUCAUGUCCACAGAAGGACACACACCAGGCCCCUGUGCCACCCACCAGCCCAGCCACCAUGCCCCAGGAGGAUGCACUUGUGCAAGAGGACCUGAAGAGGUCCAGUCCACAGCAGGAUAGUGAGGGAGUGGUGGCUCCCCACAAAGGGGCCUUGGAAAGCCCACUCGGGGUCUGGACAUUAGCCCUGCAACCUGAGGUCCAAGAAGAUGUGGGGCCCACAGCUCCUUUCAGUCCACUCAGGACCAGGGGCAGGACUCACCCGACUCCCAAGAUGGAUGGGGUCCAGAGGACAGCACCUGCCCAGACAGAGAGGGAAGGCGGGGUCCUAACAGGUGCCACUGUGCCCAGUCCCACCAAGCUGCUCCGUCUGGAUGCUGACAGUAUCACUGAGCGCAGCCCAGACCCAGCACCUCAGUUUCCCAGAUGGAAGGAGACCACCAGAACAUGGUCAAGUGGAGGGGCCCUGCUGCUGCAGCCCCAUAAAUGCAGAGAAAACUUGUCCCCAGAGCCCCUCAAGACAGGAGUGCCAAGUCAGGGUUUCCCCAAGUCAGGGGAGUGUGGCAGCCCCACUGCCCAUCCAGAGCCUGGCGUAGCUGGUCAAGCUGUCGGUGGCCUACUUCUGGGGACCCGGCCUCACCUUGGUGCCCUCCAGGAGCACUCAGUGGGCAAUUCAGGGUCUAAGCCAAUGGACACACAGCCGAUUGCCGUGACACAUCCUGUCUGUGUACUCAAGGUCGGUUCAGAGCAAAGCCCUCAGCCUCCAGCCCCCAGCCCUCAGCCUCCAGCCCCCAGCCCCCAGCCUCAAAUCCCCAGCCCCCAGCCUCAAACCUCCAGCCCCCAGCCUCAAACCUCCAGCCCUCAGCCUCCAGGCCCGAGCCCCCUCUAUCAGCUCCAGCUCCUUGUGGCCAGAGCUGUCAAGCAUGAGGACAUGACCCAGCACCCUCAGCACAGUGAGCCCACAGGCCAAGGAGGGGAUAACGCAGGCAGCAAGACCGUGGCCUGUGGCCAAGCCCAGGGCUCCAAGGGAAAUGUGCAAGCACCAGCUGGCCCCACAGAUGGACACCCAGGCUCUCUUGGCCAGGCCCAGUCUUGGGCCCCAGAGACCAGAGGUCAAGGUCAAGUCAGCCAUCUGCAGCCAGAGGAGCAGGAGGCCCUGGGGGAGCUGGGUGACCUCAUCACUGUUGAGGCUGGGCCUGGAGCUGCACCAGACAUGCCUCCUGAGGGGAUGGACAGGGUCCAGGAGCAGCUUGAGAAAGGUGACACAGCCUGGAGCCUUCAGUGUGAGGCAGGGGACCCCUCACAUCCCACUAGCAUACACAGGGAGGCCUCAGCCGUAGAUCUGGUUACUGCUCCAAAUGGACAUGAUGUCGAGCCUGCAGGGAAAGUGGCCAGCCAAGGCCUCGGAAAGCAGCUGCUGUCAGCUGAGGGCAGUCCAUGGUGCCCCAUCCCAGACCCAGUCCCCCAUACUCCCUGCUCUGUUUCUGCAGCCUCCCUGCGGUCCUGCAGCCCCAAGGACCUGCCCAAUGAAGUCCCUCCCUCUGUACCUGCAGGGACCCCAGGGGCCCAAGGCGAGCAGGGGGAACAGCUCCCAACAUCACCAUCCUGUGAGGAGCCUCCGAACCCACAGCACCCAGCCCCUUCCCAGCCCCAGGCUUCCAUUCAGAGGGCCAGCUGUGGUCCCAGCGCCAUCAGUGCCGGAGCUGAGCAGUGCCCAGCCACGCCUCCUCCAGGGAGGACAAGCCUCUGUAACCUCCAGCUGGACAUGGUGGACAGCAGUCCCCUGGUAGACACACUCACAGGGGACCAGACUGACCCAGAUAUCACCUCCACAUGCUCUGAUGGCAACAUUUCCAGGACGCUGGGGGGUUUGGGUAACCCUGCCAAUGUAUACCCUUCUCCCCCAGCGGGCCCCGUCACCCCCAGAGGGGCUGGCAAGGCUUCAGAACAUCCCCACAUUCCUGCUGCAAGUGACACAGAGGUGACUGGAGAGCUAGGGACCCCGGACCCCAGAGUGUCAUCAUCAGGACUCUGCUGGCCCUUGUCAGGCCCCGCAAGGGGCACUGUCUACCCAGGCCCUGGAGAAGAUCAGCGUGUCACAGCCAAAGCCAUGGACACGUGCCCAGCGCAAGCUACAAGGCCAGAUGCCCACUCCUGCCUGGGGCUGGGGGCCAGCAGCCAGAACUGGGAGGGCCCAGGGUCACCUGGUGUUGGACACUCCAUCUCCCAGAGUGACUGGCAUACCCGCCGUCCCCCCCAGAGUGAUAGCAACACACCCCACCCUGCACCCAGGGGAGACCCCGUGUGUCCACAUGAUGCUGAGCAGACGCUUCCGGACUUUCCAAAGAAGCCCAGGCUCUCAGGCCGCAGCCAGAGGUUAAAGGGCCCCAGUCCUGCGGCAUGCCCAGACGUCACCUGUGAUAUCUGUGGGGCCUCCUUCCGCUCUGGACCCGGCCUGAGCCGGCACAAGGCCAGGAAGCACCGUGGCGGUGCCUCCCCGCCUCACCAGACUGGCCUGCACAACUGUGGGGCCCCGAAUCCCACAGCUUGCACACCCCAAGUCAGCAGGGAGAAGAGCUGCCCAGCACCAGGAACUGAGAAGCCAAAAGCCAGGAGGAAGGCCAGCGACCAGGGCCCUGCAAGGGCCAGGCUGGAAGCAGAGGCAGCUGGGCCUCGCCGUCUCCAAGCAGCAAACUCUGAGCCACUCGCCCCACGACCACCCAGCCGCGUGACACCACGCACCCCCAGAUCCAGCAAGUCUCACAAGCCUACAGAGCUCGUGGUGCCAAGGGGAGCCCAGAGACAAGGCAGAGAGCCGGGGUGUCUCCUCAGUGACUCGGGGGCGCUGUCAGAUCGGAAAGGGAGGCGAGCAGGCACAAGAAGAUUCCAGAAGAGCGGGGCUUCCGUCUCAGAGGACCCUCCUGAUGUGAUUCCAGAUAGAACCGUCUCGAAUCCAUCAAAUGUGAUUGCCAAUUACCCGGCCCGGCCGAACCUCCUCUCCACAGAGCAGGAGCAGGAGCUGCCCAGGGAGCAGCCACUCAUUGCCACACCAAGGGACGCGGCGGAGGCCGGGGUGCUGUCCUUGGAAGAGGGGACAGCCACUCUCCAGGCAGGGAAGGAGGCAGCGAGUGAGUUCUGGGGUCCAAGAGAUCUGCAGAUAGUUGGUACUGAGACAGAGCUGUCACAAGCAGAGGCCAGCCGAUGGGACACAGGCAGGGCAGGGGGAGGCGUGGUGGGGAACCCUGAGCCCUCCUUAGAGUCCCUGGAUGCUCCCAGGACCCUUGACUGUGAUCCCCAGGACUUCUCAGAGCCCCCAGAGGCUGGGGGCCUGGCCCAGUGCCUCCAGGGCAUUCCCAGUGCCACGAGCCCUGGGCUGAGUGGUGCCCAGUCAGAUAGAGAGGUUCGCAUCAUUCAGCUCUCUCCCCCGAGUGACCACAUGUCACAAAAGAGGGCCCGCCGUGCCCACGGGCAGCAUGGUAAGAAGUCAGAGCCACCAUUGCCCCCAGAGUUGCCUGGCCAGGCAGGCGGGUCCACCUUGUCCUCCUCCGUUUACCCGCCCACAGAGCCAAGAGACCACGGCUCCCUACGCCUGUCCCCUGAGGAACCCUGGGUGGAUGGGGCCCCUGGUCUGCCUGAGGACUUCCUCACCCGCAACUUCCUCUGUGGCAGCGUGCCAGGGGCCAAGGCCUGGGCACCCAGCCCCAGUCUGUGGGCCGCAGAGCACCCUGAGAGGAGACCCAACCCCUCCGAAGAGAUGCCCCCCAGUCCCCACGUGGUUGAGCUGUCUGAGGGGCUCCCUGAGCUACACAGGGUCCCAGCCUCCUGGAGAGGUCUGCAAGAGGCCGCUGAGGAGACCCCCUGCUCUUUGGGGGAUAUGAGCCCCGAACCCCCCAGCCUGGAGCGAGAAGGCUUGGUGAGUGGACCCUCUGGGAACACAGGCCUGACCCAGCUCCCGACCCUCAACCUGGACAUGCUCAGUGCCAGGUUUGAAAUGCAGGACCUGUGCCUCCUGGGGCCCUGCCAAGACCCCGGGGGGCUCCCCCGCACAACCUUCCUGGACGUCCACACUGGGGUGAAUGUGCAGGAGACACCUGGCCCUCGGCCAGAGGACGCAGGUGGGGGCCCCGGCAGAGACCGCACGGCCAGAGGCAAACGGGGCACCUACAAAUGCAGGGUGUGCUUCCGGCGCUUCGGGGGGCUGGGCGAGCUGGACGUGCACAAGCUGGCCCACAGCCCCGCGCCGCCGCCCACCUGCUACAUGUGUGUGGAGCGCAGGUUCGGCUCCCGUCAGCUGCUGCGCGAGCACCUGCGGGAGAAGCACGCACAGGGCGCGGCGGGGCUGUGGGCCUGCGGGAUGUGCCUGCGCCAGGUGCCCGAUGUCUGGAUGUACAACGAGCACUUGCGGGAGCACGCCGUGCGCUUCGCCCGCCGCGGCCAGGCCCUGACCACCCUGGGAGACCGCCCCGACAGAGACCACGGCGUCACCCCCGAAGCCAGCGGGGACCCCAAAGAUGCCCCACGGGGGACGACAGCCGAAUCAAAGGCCCCGAGUACCAACCCCCCCAACCAAGGGGGCACCUUGCCUGCUGACAGUGAUUCCACCAGGGCGCCCCCCAGCCUGUCCCCCAACGCCUGGCCGCUGAGCGAGGUGCUGCCCAGAGGCACGCCCGUGCACAUGGACUGCAAGGACUCCUCACGCCACUGUCACCACUGUGGCAAGCAGUUCCCCAAGCCCUGCAAGCUGCAACGCCAUCUGGUGGUGCACAGCCCUCAGCGCGUCUUCCUCUGCCCCCAGUGUCCGGGGGUCUACAGCGAGCACGGCCAGCUGCUGGCCCACCGCCGCCAGGAGCACGGGGCGAGUGGGGAGCCGGAGCGGCCAGCCACGCCGCUCUACUCCUGCGCGCUCUGCGCCACCGUCAUGCGCAUCAUCAAGCGGGCCUUUGUCUGCAGCACCUGCAACUACACUUUCUCCAAGAAGGAGCAGUUUGACCGUCACAUGGACAAACACCGACGGCCCGGACAGCAGCCCUUCACCUUCCGCAGAGUCAGGCGGCCAGGGGCUCGGGGGCACAAGGCCCCGCUCCUCGAGGACAUGCAGCCCAGCAAACGGCUCCGGGUGGCCAGGGUGGUCAGCAGCAGCCCAGGACCUGGGGUGGACAAGCCCCAAUGCCAGGGCAGCAGCCCUUCCCCAGGCACCGUGUCCCCUGCAACUCUGCUGGCCCCCUGCCCAGAGCCAGCUCCCAGCACUGCCCAGGGACAGCCCCAGGAGAGGCCCAUGGACACACAGGGCCACCCAGGGACAGCUGGUGACCCACCACCUGAUUGCUGGGCACUGCCGCCCCUACCCCUGUCUCCUUCCCCAGCCCCUCAGGCUGGUGGUGAAGGCAGGCUAGAGGAUGAGGUACCCCCUGGCAGUCCCUCACCCCUCUGCCCUCUUACUGUCCAGUGGGCCGGAAAUGGAAACACAGAGGAAAAGAUGGGUCCUCUUCUGUCCUCCGGGAAGCUCAGGACCCCAAGUGUCCCCAGCAAGGGGCCCCCAGCUCAGAGGAAGAAGCAAGUGCCCAGGAGCCAAAAGGUGCCCAAGGAGCGGCCCUCCCACAAAAGCGGUACUGCCAAGGCCGGGGGUUCCCGGGCUCGCUCAGAGGGCAGACCGGCAGUCUGCACCCCAAGCAAAGUACCUGCUGUCCUGGUGCCUCUGGGGAAAGCUGUGCAGAACCUGCACCCUCCAGAGCCAGCCCAGGACCCUGAGGACAGGCCGGGGUCCACCACCACAAAAGCCAUGCCAGACCCCAGCUCCCAGGGCACUGGGGGUCCCCAACACAGUGUCACAGAAGAGGGUGGCAGCCAGCCCCAGCUGGUCAGUGAGAAUGCCCCCAGUCCUGCCAAGUCCCCCUGCCUGGAUCAGAGUCUGCCACCAGCCAAACCCCCUCCCCAGGCCCCAGCCAAGUGCCCCAGCCAGGGUCCCCAAGAGAGUCGGGGGGCCAGCGGGGGCAAGAGGAGGGGCCGAGCCCCAGGGCCUCCAAGGAGUGAUAGCACAAGGAGCCUGGGGAGCACCACCUUGGUGCCUGUCAGGCCCCCCCGUAACCCUCGCAAGCAGGCGGCCCCUAGUCGCGUUCCCCCCAUAAAGCCCCGACUGAGCAGCCAGGCUGACAAGCCCCCACUGCUGCAGCCUGCAGAGGGCCGGAGGGGACCUCCCAGCCACAGCCUCGGGGGCGUCCGGCGCAGGAGAGAGGGGAUGGGCAUGGCUGCCCCCGAAAAGAGGCCCCUACACGGGCCCGCCAGGAAAGGCCGAGCUCUCCCCGUCUGCCCACGCACCCUUCACACCGCCGAGGCCCAGAGCCAUGUUCUCAGCCAGCUCUUUGGACAGCGGCUGACCGGCUUCAAGAUCCCACUUAAGAGGGAACCCACUGAGUAA